ACGGAGCUCCACCGUGGGUGGCGAGAAAAACUGCAAGAGUGACUUUUGCUCACGCACUCUGGCACGUCAUCAAAUCUUGAAAUGGCGUCAGCUGUGACGACGGAGGGACUGCCCCCUACGUCACAUUGUAAAGCUGUGGCCUAUAUAUUAAUGGCGUUCGGCUGUGACCGGAUGAAACUGCCAAGAUCAAUUAAAACCCUUUCCACUAAACACAGAAACAAAAAUGGAAGGCAGAUUGCAAACUCAACAGGAGCAAGACGAUACCACCAUUGACACUCCCAGCCUUCAUCUUCUCACUCCCUACAAAUUGGGCAACUUCAAUCUUUCUCAUAGAGUUGUAUUGGCACCAUUGACUAGGCAGAGAUCUUACAACAAUGUUCCGCAGCCACAUGCCAUUUUAUACUAUUCCCAGAGAGCCUCUAAAGGGGGACUCCUAAUUGCAGAAGCUACUGGAGUGUCUGACACUGCUCAAGGGUAUCUGGAUACCCCUGGUAUAUGGACAAAAGAGCAAGUUGAGGCUUGGAAACCCAUUGUAGAUGCUGUUCACGCAAAGGGUGGGAUCUUCUUUUGUCAGAUUUGGCAUGUGGGAAGGGUUUCAAAUUCAGGUUUUCAGCCAAACGGGCAAGCUCCAAUCUCUUCUACAGAUAAGCCAUUGAAACCACAGCUUCGAGCCAAUGGAAUAGAUAUUGCACAGUUUACACAACCAAGGCGGUUAAGGACAGAUGAAAUCUCUCAAGUUGUAAAUGAUUUCAGACUUGCAGCAAGGAAUGCUAUGGAAGCAGGUUUUGACGGAGUUGAGAUCCAUGGGGCUCAUGGCUACCUAAUUGACCAGUUUAUGAAAGAUCAAGUGAAUGAUCGAACAGACCAAUACGGUGGAUCUCUAGAGAACCGCUGCAGAUUUGCCUUAGAAGUAGUUGAAGCAAUUGCUAAUGAAAUAGGAGCUGACAAGGUUGGAAUAAGGCUAUCUCCCUUUGCAAAUUACAUGGAAUCAGGAGACUCUAAUCCAAAAGAACUAGGCCUUUACAUGGCUGAGUCCUUGAAUAAAUAUGGAAUUCUCUACUGCCACAUGGUUGAGCCAAGAAUGAAAACUGUGGCUGAGAAACAUGAAUGUCCUGACAGUCUUAUUCCCAUGAGGAAGGCUUUUAAUGGUACAUUCAUUGUCGCCGGUGGUUAUGACAGGGAAGAUGGAAACAAAGCUGUUGCUGAGAAUCGUGCUGAUCUGGUUGCUUAUGGUCGAUGGUUUUUGUCCAAUCCAGAUUUGCCUAGGAGAUUUGAACUUGGUGCUCCUCUCAAUAAGUACAACAGAGAUACCUUCUACUUAUCUGAUCCUAUUGUUGGUUACACUGAUUACCCCUUUCUUGAAGCCUCCAGUAAGAGAUGAGAUGGAUCAUUCCUUUCCAAACAAAGGAGAAAGAGCACUCCCCUUUACUUUACAUCGAGGAAGCAGUCACAAAAACUAUUGCUUCAUACAUCCCCGUAAGCAGCUGAAGUCUCUUCUGAGUGAUCAACAACCAAAACAAAUAAGCACUCCCUGCAUUAGCAUCAGCUAGAAAAGAUAUUAAAAACAAAAAGCAGCAACACUGCUACCAUUCAGACAAAGUUUCACAUCAAUCGAAUCAAUAACAUUGAGAAAGAAGAAUAACUUGGCAAAUCCAUACCAUCAAAAGCAUUAACAUGGGAUGAUUAAAGCAGUCCUUGAAAUUUUAGAACUGGACAACACAUGAUCGGACACAAAUUAUAAACAACAUCUUGGAAGAUGACUUUAAACCAUUUCAAAUCAAUAUUGAGUUGGUAUCAGGAGCCAAAAGAGACCACCUCACACGGUAAAGUAACAUGAAAACCAAAUAAAAUGAUAAAUGUAAAUA